AUGCGCAGAACAGCAGCCAGUUGGCUGGUGGAGGUGACGUGCGAAUUUCGCUUGCACAAUGAAACGCUCUGGCUGGCCAUUUCGCUGCUAGACCGCUUCCUGUCUGCCUCCAAGGGCGUGCCUCGGACGCAGUUGCAGCUGGUUGGGGUGGCGUGCAUGCUCAUCGCCGCAAAGCAUGAGGAGGUG